AUUCGCGCUAAAUACGUAACAAUCGACAUUCGUGUGUAAACAAAGCGCCGAACCGCAUCUGCAACGUUUUUAUGGACAAAAUGAUGGAAUUUUUUUCGAUAAUUUCCUAAUAUAAAUACAAAAUUUGGUGAAUAUUUGAAUUUUAUCGUCUGAAUUUGCGAGAAUAUUUUCAUCGUCACAAAAUUGACUUGAGUUUUUUUUUAUCGAAUUGUGUUGAAAUACAGUGUGUUGUGUGUGUGUUUAUUGGAUCGAGUUCAUGGCAAUUGCUACUCAACCGAUUUUGAUACAAAAAUUUCGACGAAAGUUGUUCGGAAUGUGAACAAAAUCUUCGAAUAAACUCAAAAUUUCCAACUAUUUUGGGCUCAAGACCAUUUUACAAAAACAAAAAGAUGGACACAACACCACGAACAAGAAGUACCACACGGCAUCGUCGUGCACCCACCCCAAAAUUAUCCGAACGAAAAAAGAAACUGUUUGACGAUGUGACGGUUAACACAAAGUCACCAAUCAUGAUGGGCCCAUUCCAACCGUACGUUCGUUUGGAGCGAAUUAUCAUUGAAGAGGCCGAUGACUCGGAUAUCGGACCCAUGAGCCCAUUGGAGUUUAGCUCCAGCCCAUCCAGUUUUAACGAAGUGCAUCGUAUUAUUGCACGUGAACAAAAAGGAAGCGCCAAAUCGCGUCGAACUAAUUUUUCGAAUGUCAUAUCCGAACUAUCAAAAUCGCCGACGAAUUCGCCAACGCGUUCAAAAAGCGGUAAGAAAGCGGCUGAAAUGAUCGAAAGCACCAGUAUCAGUGAAAGUGCGGAUACGAAAGACAGCAGUGAAGAGGAUGUGGUUGGCCCGUUGUGUACAUCAAUGAAAAAGUUGACAAGUAUGACGGAACCAAACUACGAGCAACAAAUGAAAACGCCAAGUGAGUCAAAUGCAUCGAACAAGGCAAGUGGUGAGGUGGCACGUGGUGCAUCAUUCCGAAAGUCAUUGGUAUUCGACACUGGUCUAACACCGCAUGAUGACGAAUCGAAUGCGCCAUCGAGCAACAAAUUGGCCGAUAAUGAGCCAAGUGAGCGUCCAAAAGCGAAAACAUCGCUAACAUUCGGCGAACCGGUGAUUUCGGUGCGAUCAUUCUACGGGAAGCCCAUUGAAAAACCGGCCGAAUCCAAAGCGGAAAUGGACAUUAUCGCCAAACUAAGUAGCCAUGAAUUUGCAGCAGUAAUUGCAAAGCGAAAGAAUCGAUCGAAACCAAAGACAACGACCAAACCAAAAUCGUUGGCCAAACGAAUGAAGGCGCCGAGCCUAUGGCGUUUCAGCGGCAAAAUGAAAUUCAAUCGUCAAAAGCAGCCCCGACCACACAAAGAAGCUAAAAAGAAAAAAGAAAAAGUGUUUGCAACGAACGGGGGAAGUGUGAUCGAUACGGAAAAUGUGGCGCCAAUCGGUGCCGAGUUCACGUCACGUAUCGAACAGAAUUUACGGCUGCAGAAAAUUCUGAAAGAUCAAACAAACGCAUUCGAAGUAUCGCGCGACAUCAAUUGGAAUGGUGGCAAUAAAGGCCAAAAUGAUCAAUCGCCGUUGGUUCCACCGUCGGCGUUCUUGAACAGUGACGGCGAAGAUGAUGCGGAUAGCGACAAUGAAAGUGCAUUGCCAACAAAUUGCAGCACAUAUGAAGAGGUUGAGGUCGAGGUGGAGACCAAUCGUAAAUUCUUUAAAUCCAGCGCCAGUUCGGCCAAAAAGUAUCGCAUUAUGGGACGAUUAAGUGCCACACUGAAACGUGGUGGUGACCUAAAAUUCGAUCCACUGCCAAAACGCAAGAAGAAAAGACCCAACAAAGAUGGUGAAACCGUUUUCCUGCACAACGAAAUCAGUAGCAUUAUCGAUCGGUUGUCGUCACCGAGUAAGAACAAACGUAACAACGACGCUAGUUCGGACAAAAGCAACGAUCGUCAUUCGGAUGUGACUAAUAUCAAUUUGGACAAAAAUGUUGAAGCCAAUUCAGAAAAGACCACUGAUGUUUACUCCGAUACGAUCGCCGAGGCCAAUAUCGACACCAAUUCCAAUACGGAAAAUCAAGUUACCAGAACCAAUGCAGAUGCAACGGUAAUCGAAAACCAACAAGAUUUCAUCGAAGAAAUGCAAACUGAAGGCCCAAUCGCCAUGGAACCAAUGGCCUAUGUCGAUGUGAAUAAAUAUCGCCAAAUGAUUCCGUACAAUACCACCGAUUCAGAGAAGAUCAGUCAACAAGAAUCCAUUUUGGAGCUGCUCAUUUCGAAUGGAAUUUGUAAUGACGAAACAUUCCAAAUUUUUAUCGCUGAACCGGAUUUGCACAAGGAGAAAGCCUCACAGAUUUUGGACAGUUUGUACUGUGUGAACACAAUGAUGCCGGACGAAUACGAGAAUGACGGAACCAUUGAUUGGGUGAAUUCCGUCGAAUCGAUGCCAAUCGCACUAACGCCAGAUUCCAUAGUUGCCAUAGAUACCAACUCAAAUGGUCCCAGUGAUUCGAAUCUCAUCGAAAGCGGUUUCAUUUCGUCGGUGGUUCUUGGUGUUGCACCGACUUUGGGCCAUGAAACGGCACAUUCUCAUGCUACAGACACCCCUAUCACCGAUGAAACACCGAAAGAAUCUCAUCCAACGGAAGCAAUGGCAAAAGAGAAUGCCUCAUCCGAAAAGUUGUUCCCGAUUUUCAGCAAAAAUUUCAACGCCAAAGACUAUAAAGCGCCAACAUUCAAUACACUGAAUAAGGCACCAAAAGAAUGGGUAGCCAUCGGCAAUCAAUAUCAACUGGAUAUCGGUCAAAAAGAGUUUGGCCUACGCACUUGUGCCCAAUGCGAUAUGCAGUACAGUGUUCAUGAACCAGAAGACGAGCUGUUGCAUCAAAAAUAUCAUAAUUGCGUGAAUAUUUUGUCGUUCAAAGGAUGGAACAAUGAACGUGUGGUCACCCAAAUUCCCGAUUGGGGCCUAAACGGUCGCAUCAUUUAUGUAUGCGAAACCGAUAGCAAAGCGAAAAAGGAUCGGGCCAAAGAAGUGUUGGACAUGGUCGAUCGUGAUCUGGGAUUCGCUGCACGAACCGAACUCAAACCAAAAACACUGGUGUAUUUUGCCAUUGCAAAGCAACAAAUAGUGGGUGUUUGUGUGGUGCAGCCGUUGGAACGAGCUCAUCGUUUGAAACAUGAGAAUGGAAUCGAUUGUUACACAACCGAAACAUAUCCAGUGAAGUGUGGAAUCUCACGUGUAUGGAUUGCACCACAGUAUCGUCGUCACGGCAUUGCCGCCAAAUUGAUCACAUCGAUGCGUAGCCACUUCAUAUUCGGUGCAUUUUUAUCAUUUGACGAUAUUGCGUUCAGCUCACCCACCGAGGAUGGUAAAAAGUUUGCGGCCAAAUUGACGCAGCGCACGGACUUUUUGAUUUAUGAACAAUAGACGCGGCAAUCACACGUCCAAAAAAACACUUGAAUCUUCAACCGUAGAACAAAAACAAAACAAACAAAUCUGCUAUGUCAUGACAAAUUGCAACUCUAAGUGAGCGGUGAUUUUAUUUUAUUUUUGUUUUUGUUUUUGUUUUUCCACCCAUUCUAAUAUAUGUUUCAAUUUAUUAACGUACUAUUUUAUAGACCAUAAUAAAUAUGUGUUAAAUCGAA